UCACACAGGAGCAACGCCGUCCAAGCUAUUUGGGCCAAAAUAACAUUGACAGUUGGUCUUUACUUUUGUUUGGGGGGAACUUUAGAUUUGUCGAAGGGUCGCGAAACGACCGUCACGAGAUUCUCCACCGUGUGAAUGACACCAUCCUUAUUACGCUUGAGGCGAAUUCCGUGUUCAUUCCGCCGCUGACCAAGAUGCGCGCAAAGGCGCUCUACGACUGUGUGGGAGACUCUGUGGACGAGCUCACAUUCAAUCUUGGAGACCUUAUAGUCGACGUUGAACCGGCCGAGGACGAUGGGUGGUAUAGAGGUCGCUUGAAUGGAAGGAUUGGCAUCUUCCCGGGGAAUUAUGUGCAAUUGGAAGAGCAGACCGAGGAGACCCCGGUACCAAACCGACCGCCAUUUCCUGCUAGAAAUACCUCUCCUGCACCUAUAAGGUCCCUACCCCACAGCAGCUCUACUGGCUCAAUAUCCUCUUUGGGCGGUCGACCUAGCGUAGGUGGAUUACGGAGGGAUACGUCGGCCAGCUCUCUCGCGAGCUUAUCUGAUGCCGGAUCAGAGGGAUUCAAAGUGCAACUACGACCGACAGCCAAGCCCCCAGAUUUUGCUGCCGGCGCAAUCAAAACAGAAGACAACAUGAGCCACGCCGAUGAACAGUCAGGAGCCACAGCACGCGCAAAAAAACUGAAGAAUACUUAUACCACUAGACAGGCGCUGAUGGAAAAAUCGGAUGCGAUGGCAAAGGCGGGCCGUGAUAGUAUCAAUGCGCGCAAGUCAAGCAUGUCAGAGGAAGGUGGCUCAGGACCUUCGCCGGCAGGCUCUUUGGCUGAAGUCAUGACGCGGUCUAUGAGUGGAUCAAGUUUAGGGAGCAAUGAUGGUGGUGGAAGCGUUUCACAGCUAAGGAGCAAAUUCGCCAACUUGACCACGGAGGAUGAGAAAGGAGAGGACGUGAGCGGUUUCCCAAUGGUUGGGAAGCGGCCACCGCUGUUGGUUUCAAAUCAGUCUUCGCAACCACCAUCUGUCCCUUCCCGUAACAAUGCGGCUACAGAGUCAGACGCAAGUCGCAGUCCAAGUGUCGGGAUGCGCUCGUCAUUGCAACAAUCGAAUCAACAAUACACACCUCCUCAGCUACCAUCCAGAGGGAGCACGCCUAAUCAGAGUCGCAACAUCACUCCGACACCGCCAACACGGGCGUUAAAGCCUUCCGAGAUGAGAGAAUCGCAGCAAGACAAUGGUGUUGAACCGGUCCGGCUGGUCAAACCAUCAGAUUUGCGGGCACAGUCAACGGCGUGGAAUACUAAUUCAACUAGUCUGCGACAACCAGUAUCCGGACCGACGUUACCGACGCGCCCAGCCCCGUCUCGAGGCAGUGAAGGUCCACCCUUACCUGCGCGUCCCGGUGCUGGUACUGCACUAGGUCUUCCGAAAGCCAUCGAUGCCAGUGCGGCACCGAUCAACGCCCCUGCCGCAAUUCCAUCACGACCCGCGCCGCCGCGGCCAAACUUUCCUUCAACCAUCCCAUCACGACCUACUACCGGUGUCAAAGCUGUAAUUGAGCCAACUGCACGACAAGGCGCAAAUGGUACCGGCGGUGGCAUAUCGCCAGAUGCAUUAGCUAGGUACGGCGAGCUCUUUGACCAGACAGACACGGAUGGAGACGGGUUGAUUGAUGGAGAACAGGCAAGAUCACUUUGGUUGAGAAGUGGCCUAGACAACCGUUCUCUUGGAUUGAUAUGGAACUUGUCUGACUUGGACGACGAUGGCAUGCUAUGCAGAAGGGAAUUUUGCAUUGGAAUGUUUCUCAUUGAUGAACGUCUACGUGGUAGCGCAAUUCCUGAAAGUUUGAGCGCGGAACUUAUUACUUCGAUCAAUCCAUUCUAAAAUGCUAGUUAUAAAUCCUCACAUCUGCUCAACCUCCAAGACUAUGCUAACUUGCUGUUCUUCUACCAGUAUGAUAAUAUAAUAAUAAUACAAUGUACAUUCCA